UCCGGCGUCUCCAAUUAAUAUUCACCGGCCGACCAAGAUUCCGUUGGUUGCAGACGUACAUACAUAUUAAGGUAGCAUGAAAUUGAAGAUGAAGAAGGUGGUGUUAGGAUCCACGGGGAAGAAGACUAUGAAUAUGAUGAGGAGAGGGUUUUCGUGCCGGUCCGACAAAGCCACGGCGGUUCUCCGCCGCAGCAUGACCACCACUGGUUCCCGCGCCGCCGUUGCCCUGCCGCGGGGGCGCGUGUUGCACACCCCGCCGACUCGCCGUCAUCAUCAUCAACGCCCGACGCUCUUCGUCCCUACUAGUAAUGAAACAUACAUGCUGCUCCCAUCUAAUGGACCGCUGAGUUAUAGUAAUUUACCUGUUUAUUAUUCUGUUGGGCCGAAAUUUGAACAUUCUGGAGUAGAGGGAAUUUCGCCUUUUGCCGGGAACGAGAAGUAUAUGCGGUUAGUGCAGAGACCACGCGCCACAUUCCGCGAGUAUGGGUCAUUGCCGACGUCGCCGCCGAGGCGUAGUGGCAAGGCGUUAUUGUUUAGCGGCGGAUGCUCCGCCGCCGCCGCCUCGCUCGCACUCGCACCCAUCAGAAAAGGUAGCGGCGAUGACGGGCGUCGAGAAAAAGCACGGAAGAAACCACCGGCGAGGCGUAGUAGCAAGACGUUAUUAUUUUCCGGCGGCUGUUCCGCCGCCUCACUCGCACUGGCUCCUGUCAGAAAAGGUAGCGGCGGCGAAGGUCGUCGAGAAAGAGCGUGGAAACCACCGCCGGCGGCAUCCACAUUAUCCUCUUCCAACACUCAUGUCUUCCAGGUGGUGGUGAUGAGAGUUUCUCUUCAUUGUCAGGGCUGUGCUAGUAAAGUCAAGAAACACCUCUCUAAAAUGGAAGGAGUGACAUCUUUCAGUAUAGACUUGGAAAACAAGAAGGUGACGGUGAUGGGGAACGUGUCCCCUACGGGAGUACUGGAGAGCGUAUCCAAAGUAAAAAGGGCAGAGUUUUGGCCCUGUUGAAGCCGGCAGGCCGCCGGAACAUCGCCGGAAAAGUGCCAUUAAUACCGAUCAGAUGAUCACAUGCAUGCAGUGUAUGUAGUUAGAACAAGUGGUUGUGUAAUUAAUGGGGCUGGUCCCCAUGACAAAGAGAGUAAAGAAUUAUAGGGAAACCUAGUCAUACAUAAGUACUUGGAUCUUGAUCCAAUGUGGCUAUUGCAUUGCCUUGAUUUAUGUGCGACAUUCUGAUUUUCAAUAUGUUUUGUGUUUCAUGUUUUUUUUUCCCUCAGCCUAUAUAUGCUAGCAAUUAAUGACAAUAUAAUGUAAGUGAUAGCUUAGGGAGUAUAACAUGUACUCGCAGCUUGGAGUGUUGUAUGUAUGUAUGGGUUUAUAUUUAAUUUUCAACUAUAAUGAUUUCCGAUCCGACUUUGUUUUCAUAA